AUGAACCACAUCAACCUCGAAACGGCGAAUGGAGCUGAUUUGAACCGUCUGCAGCAGAUUCUGGGCAAAUGCAAGCGUGUUGUUUGUGUGACCGGCGCUGGAAUUUCGUGUUCAGCCGGCAUUCCGGACUUUCGAUCGCAGCAAAUUGCUAUUGGCAAGGGCAAGAAGAAGGACGAGUCGCAGGGUCUGUAUUUCCAGCAGUUUGGUAACCUCAAGGGACGCGAACUGUUUGACGCGUCAAUUCUCAAGCGAGAAGACACGACUUUGACGUUUAUGAGUUUCAUGACUGCUCUCAAGCAACAGUGUCAGGCAUCUAGACCCACACGAGUCCACGAGUUUGUGGCCAAGCUGGACACUGCUGGAAAGCUUCUGUCUUGUUACACGCAAAACAUUGAUUCACUGGAGCACAAGACGGAGGUCUCAGCCAAAAAAAUCGUCCAGCUCCAUGGUCAUUUGGAUACCUUGAACUGCAUUCAGUGCAGUGAAAAGUUGCAGUGGAAGGACCGUGUUAAGGAGAAGAAAAAGGAGGAGAACAACGACGACAGCGGAUUGGAAGAGAAUGAGUCCGUCUCCGAUGACUCAACACGACGUCAUAUGAUUGCAUGCCCCACCUGUGAAGCACGCGCUCUGGCCAGAGAACUUAACGGAAGAAGAAGAACAGCAGUCGGGUGGAUGAGACCCAAUGUCGUUCUGUACGGGGAACCGCAUCCGGAGGCGGAGGAAAUUGGCUCCAGAAUCACACGCGACCUAAAAAAGAGACCCGAUUGUCUGGUAGUCAUUGGAACCUCCCUCGCAGUCACAGGUAUCAAGACCCUGGUGAAAGAUUUCGCCCAGGAGGUCAAGGCCAAUGGAGGUCACGUGAUUUUCAUUAACAAGACCGCUCCCGCCAAGAUUUCGGGAUUUAGCGAAAAUGUCGACUAUUUCAUUCAAGGAGACUGUGACGCUUAUAUGAGAGAUCUGGCUGAUAGAUGGCCCUCUCUUUGGUGCAAAUCCAAGCAGUCUACCGUCGAUUUCAAGGUGCAGAAGGGUGUCAGAACGACGACCAGCACAAUCAAGUCUACUACUAGAUCGACCAAGUCAUCUCCUGGAAAAGUCACCAAGCCUUCUCGCAAAGUGAUGCAGCCAGUGUCUCCGUCACGACUGAAUCGGGGACUGUGA